AACUGAUUAAUAUCGUCAACCAUAGUGCUCUAUUGCCACUAGUUUCUAAACACUUUAUCUGGGGAAGGAUGUCGUUUUGAAGUAUAUUUGUAGCCUCAUUCUUUUCCUAUAGUGUAGAUUUGUAUUUUUUGAGUUAAAGACAUGGUCCAGAGCGACUUGGACAGGCAAAUCGAGCAGCUUCGGCGAUGCGAAAUCAUAUCGGAGAACGAGGUCAAGGAGCUAUGCAACAAGGCACGCGAAAUAUUUAUUGAAGAGAGCAACGUGCAGCGCGUUGACGCGCCAGUGACGAUUUGCGGCGACAUUCACGGACAAUUCUACGACCUGCAAGAGCUAUUCGCAGUAGGUGGCGAGUGCCCAUGUACCAACUACCUCUUCAUGGGCGACUUUGUCGACCGUGGAUUCUAUAGCGUCGAGACAUUUCUCUUGCUGCUGGCCUUAAAGGUGCGGUACCCGGAUAGGAUAUCCUUGCUUCGCGGAAACCAUGAGAGCAGGCAGAUUACGCAGGUGUACGGGUUCUACGACGAAUGCAUGCGGAAGUACGGAUCGGCGAAUGUAUGGCGGAACUGCUGCGAGGUGUUUGAUUACAUGAGCUUGGUAGCGAUUAUUGACGACAAGAUCCUGUGUGUCCACGGCGGGUUGUCGCCGGUCAUUAACACGGUGGACCAGAUUCGGACGAUUGACCGGAAGCAGGAGGUACCGCAUGAGGGUGCCAUGUGUGACUUGCUAUGGUCCGACCCCGAGGACAUCUCCGGCUGGGGACUGAGCCCGCGCGGCGCCGGGUAUCUGUUUGGUGGCGACGUCGUCCGGUCAUUCCUUCAUACAAAUAACCUCGAUCUAAUCGCCCGAGCGCACCAGCUGGUGAUGGAAGGGUACAAACAUAUGUUUGACAAGACCUGUGUCACCGUGUGGUCGGCACCCAACUACUGCUACAGGUGCGGUAAUGUGGCUGCUAUCCUGGAGUUUGACGAGAACUUGGGCUCCAAUUUCAAGAUCUUUGAGGCUGCGCCGCAGGAGGCCCGCGGAACGCCAGCGAAAAAGCCAGCACCAGACUACUUUUUGUAAUUAUCUGAUGAACAGUCAAGUCAGUCUAUUUUUUCUUUUUCGUUGCUCUUGUCGCAUUGUGUGGUCAAAAUAAACAUUAUUAACACUAA